AAGACGAAGAUCGAGCUGCACUGACCUACUUAGCACUAGCAUGUUUCAAUAGCAACGUCAAAAUAUCAGCACAAUCUGUAGUUAUUUGUUAGUCAGACCGUUUCGUAGAUGUUUUAAGGAUCACUUCGCGUAGUAUUCAUCUCAAAACGUGACCCUCGCUAAAGGAGAUUCUUAGAUUGAUCUUUUGUUUUUAGCUGUUUUGAUUAGCUAGCCUGCUAACUCCUGAGCGACUGCGUAUAAAAUGAGUUGUCAGAUCGCAAAGGUUUAAGCUGCCGAAAAUAGGGUCGAUUUUUACAUUUUAUUUUAGCUGUUACAUUUUUGAUCGCUAAGACACAUUUGAUUACUUCUGUCUAAUUGUUGCUGAUCCGUGGAUGUUAAGUCUGAAGGCAACCCUGCCUCCUCAUGUCUGCUGAGGCUUCAGCUGGCAGUCAUGCUGCUGUCUCUGCUGCGUGUGUGUGCUCGAGCACAGACGACUGCACAAACAGGGGUCUGCUGGGGAGUAAAUAUGUCAAGUUAAAUGUAGGAGGCUCUUUGCAUUACACCACAGUCCAGACUUUGAGCAAGGAGGACAGUCUGCUGAGGAGCAUCUGUAAUGGAGAAACUGACGCAACAAUAGACGCUGAGGGUUGGGUGGUUUUGGACAGAUGUGGUCGACAUUUCGGGAUCGUGUUGAACUUUCUCAGAGAUGGGUCAGUUCCACUUCCAGAUGACCACAGAGAGCUGGAGGAGAUCUUAAAGGACGCUCAGUACUAUAGAGUUCAGGGUCUGAUUCAGCAUUGCCUCGGUGCCAUGCAGAAACAAAAAGAUGUGUUGGAAACUGUGUGUCGCAUCCCAAUGAUCACAUCUGUUAAGGAAGAACAGAGGAUGAUCGCCACCUGUAGGAAGCCAGUUGUCAAGCUUCAGAACAACCGAGGAAAUAAUAAAUACUCAUACACCAGUAACUCGGACGACAACCUGCUGAAGAACAUAGAACUUUUUGACAAACUAGUGUUACGAUUUAACGGCCGCGUGCUCUUCGUGAAAGACGUGCUCGGAGAUGAGAUUUGCUGCUGGUCUUUUUACGGUGAAGGGCGCAAAAUUGCUGAAGUCUGCUGCACCUCCAUUGUCUACGCCACCGAGAAGAAGCAAACCAAGGUUGAGUUCCCUGAGGCCCGAAUCUUCGAAGAAACCCUAAACAUCCUGAUCUACGAGAACAGCUGGAGUUCUGGCGGGGUUCAUCUUUUGGAUUCGAGAGGGCCUUCGCUCGGUGCCGGACACUCGGAGGAGGAGGGGGCCACGGGGGGAGACAGGAGAGUCCGGCGCAUUCACGUAAGACGGCACAUCAUGCACGACGAGAGGGGGCACGGCCAGCAGACUGUGUACAAGGACUAGUGGAAGAAUGCCACACUGAAUGUACCAAUGGUGUGAAUGUUUGAUGAAUGAGAGAAAGAGAGAGAGGCUGCUAAUCAGAGCAAUAGUAUAGGUUUUUUUUUGUUGUUUUUCAUUGGUGAUUUUAACUCUGUGAAUAUGGAGGAAGGUGUUGGUUGUUCUUAAAAAUGCAUGUUUACAUGAAUCAACGCCUGUCACGGUAACAGAUUGUGAAAUGCGAUAACAAAAAUAUUACGUAAACGAUCAUUUUGAAGACCAAUUUAUGCUACUGAUACAACAAGCUUCAAAUCUGCACUAUGUAACUUUUCUAUUAGAUUUUUUGCCACCUGCUUGUCGCUAUGGAGAUGGAUACGUUUAAUGCCAUACUGUGGGUAAUUCCAGGUAAAAGCAUCUCCAAAACAAGCAGGUGACAGAACCCUAAGUUACCUUAAAUCACAUUAAAAGCUUUUUAUUUUAAUUUUUAUUUGUAUUUGGGAACAACACACGCAAACAUAUAUUAAUUUAGAUUUUAAAACAAAAGGUUCAGCAAUAAAUAAAUGGUACAUUUAAGCACAAAAAGUUGAUGUUAGUAUCUAUAAUGAGAGAUUUUAUUUAAACCAGCUCACAUGUUAUGGUACUACAAAGUAAAUGUAUUUUAAAAAUCCCGACUAAAUGAUGGUACAUAGGCUAAAUAUAAAAAAUAAUAUGGUUCAUUUUUCAUUGAACUAUUGAUAAAGUAUUUACUGUGACAGGCUGGCGAUGCAAAUAUGUACAGGACUCAAAUAGAAAAGUAUACUUGUAACAUAAACUGGCUCAUAUACUGGCUACUGAGGAGGUUUGGUCUACUGACAUUUCAACCCGUUUUAUAAAGUGUUCAUAACAUAGAAUUGAAGCCUUCUAAUUUGCUUUCAUUUUAAACACUGGAAAUGUGGUUGUUGCUAUCAGCUCUUCGAGAUGUUUAUACUGAAUUAAUUUAUAUCCCUAAUUUAUUUGUUUGAUAUUUAACUUUUGUACAAUAUGCAAAAUGUGUGUUAACAUGUGAAAAAUGCACUUAAUUUUGUUAUUGUAAAUGUUUUUCUGUUUUUUUUUUUCCUGGGUUUAUCCUGAGCCAUAACUUUUUCAACAAUGUCUUCUUACACAAAUCGUCUCCAAGAUUAUCACUCAAAUUAUCUUACUGUGAUGUUAAAAGAAACUAUUUUAUUUAAUUUUUUUCAAGAUCUUAAUUAAUUACAUGUAACUGUUUUCAGAAAGUCACCUUGAAACAUUGCACUAAUUGAACUUCCGUCCAAUUUGUGGUUGUCAAAAGUUGAUUAAUAAAUUAUUUGACAAA